AUGACGGUCACGGCCAGCUUCCAGAACCCGGCUGUCGGGGAGCUGUUCGAAUGCGUGAAGGCUCGCGAUCCUGCUCAGCCCGAGUUCCUGCAGGCUGUUGAGGAGGUGUUCGAGACCCUCGAGCCCGUCUUCGACAAGAGGCCGGAGCUGAUUCCCGUCAUGGCGCGUCUGGUGGAGCCGGAGCGCAUGAUCCAGUUCCGCGUGGCCUGGGUGGAUGACGCUGGUAAGCAGCACGUCAACCGCGGCUACCGCAUCCAGUUCUCCACCGCCAUCGGGCCCUACAAGGGCGGCCUGCGCUUCCACCCGACCGUGACGCUGUCGGUGAUCAAGUUCCUGGGCUUUGAGCAGAUCUUCAAGAACUCCCUCACCACACUCCCCAUGGGCGGCGGCAAGGGCGGCUGCGACUUCGACCCCAAGGGCAAGUCAGACGGGGAGGUGAUGCGCUUCUGCCAGGCCUUCAUGACCGAGCUGCAGCGCCACAUAGGUGCUGACACCGAUGUGCCGGCGGGUGACAUCGGCGUGGGCGGCCGCGAGGUGGGCUUUAUGUUUGGGCAGUACAAACGCAUCCGCAACGAGUUUGUCGGCAUCCUCACCGGCAAGGGGCUGUCAUUUGGAGGCAGCCUGAUCAGGCCAGAGGCCACCGGCUACGGCCUGGUGUACUUUGUGCAGAAUAUGCUGGAGGACAAGAGCGACAGCCUCCAGGGCAAGCGUGUGGCGGUGUCAGGUUCCGGAAACGUGGCGAUUUAUACAGUAGAGAAGCUUCUGGAGCUGGGCGCAACUGUGCUGACGGUGUCCGACUCAACCGGCUAUGUUUACUUUGAGGAUGGGCUCACCAAGGAGCUGCUAGAAGCUGUCAAUGACCACAAAGUCAUCAAGCGCGGCCGCCUCUCCGACUUCAAGUCCGGUAAGUUUGUGGCGGGCAAGAGGCCGUGGGAGGUCCCGACCAAGUUUGACAUCGCGCUGCCGUGCGCGACUCAGAACGAGGUUGAGAAGGCGGAUGCUGAUCUGCUGGUCAAGGCAGGCGUCAAGCUGGUGGCUGAGGGCGCCAACAUGCCCUCCACCUCAGAGGCCAUUGCGCUCUACCACAAGAACGGGAUCGAGUUUGGCCCGGCCAAGGCGGCCAACGCGGGCGGCGUGGCAGUGUCGGGGCUGGAGAUGGCGCAGAACAGCGCGCGUCUGUCCUGGAGCCGCGAAGAGGUCGACGACAAGCUCAAGGGCAUCAUGAAGGCCAUCUUCGACGCCUCCAAAUCGGCUGCCAAGGAGUACAGCACCCACCUGCAGGCAGGCGCAAAUAUUGCCGGCUUCCUCAAGGUGGCAGACGCCAUGCUGGCGCACGGCGUUUUCUGA